AUGAAAAAUGACGUGGAAUAUGAGUUCGAAAGUUGUGUGCCAUUUAUAGCAGAGAGGUUUUAUCUGUCAAGCUCUACAUCUGAGGAAGGUGGGAGGGAGACAUCUCGACGGCCGGCUCGGCAUGAGAUAGUUUGCCGGCAUUGGUUACGUGGUAUUUGCAUUAAAGAAAGUCGAUGCGAUUUUCUUCAUGUAUUUGAUGAUAGUCGUAUGCCGUAUUGUCGGAAUCAGAAGCGACAUGGUCGAUGUGUGGAUCAGGUGUUAGGUUUCUGCGCUCUAAAACAUGACCAACAAGAGGUGCGAGGAGCCGGAAGUAAUCGUACUCGCGAACGAAGCCCGGCCAUGACGCAGUCUACCAAUGGCGGCGAUGUCUGUAUGCGCUACCUGUUUGGUUACUGCUCACAUGGCCCCGCCUGCCAUCAGCAGCACAUCCGUCUGGAACGCCGUGACCUACCUUUGGCACCCUUACCCGACUGGUACUUGUCACUCAUCAUUAGCUCCUACGACGGACACCAGUCCGGCAAUGCGGUUCAUCAGUCGGCCCCUAGCGGAGCUGGAGGAGCCGGAGCUAGUGGCUUGCUCCUGGGUGUACCGGCUCUCAGCGAGGAGGAGCGGCAGCAGAGUACGCAGACCUGGACCGGGUUCGUAGAGCGGUUGACGGGGCGAAGCACGGCGUACCAUCCUUUGGAGGAAUUAUUGCCAACAACUUCUUUGUGUCCGAACGGCGAUUCGAACCGGGGAGUUGGGGGCCCGAAGAUCCGAUGUUUCGUUAUCAAAUCUGGCAAGAUCGAGAACAUUCUGACAUCGGUACAGCGCGGAAUUUGGGCAACGGGGAAGAACAACCAGGAAAAGCUCCGACAGGCAUGGUUGACAUGCGACCAUGUAGUGCUGUUAAUGAGUGCAAACGAGUCAGGUGGGUUCCAAGGAUAUGCGCGAAUGGCCAGUGGUUUUGAUGAGACAUUGUACCCCCGUAUCUGGGGCAGUUUCAGUAACAAGUUAUCGCCCAACUUCCGUGUGCAAUGGCUGAAACAGGCGAAACUCGAUUUCGAAGCUCUUUCCGCAUUCACUAACCCUUGGAACGAAAACCGGCCACUCAAAAAGAGUCGUGACGGCCAGGAAAUGCCGUUAGAAAUCGCCGAAGCCAUCUGCUCCCGCCUCUACAAUGCACCAUCAGAAGAUCUGCUUCUGGGAACCCCACUACAAGACUUACCUCGCAUCGAUCAUCUCACCUUCUUCAAUCUUAGUCCAAAAGAACAACUAGUACUCGAAACCAAAAUCGGACUCAGACAACCACCAAGCGCACCACAAACCGUCACACCUCAAAACCUCGUAUACUCCUUCAAUAAGAACGAUCUAGGCAUCAUACCCAGGCCCAUCCAACCUCCCCAGCCCGUUAACCUUCCUAACGGAAUGCGCACUGAAUUAACCGAUUCAGAUGUAACUGUUAAGCUAUCGCGUCGCAUGUGGCGUAUGGUGCUUCGGAACCCAUUUGAAUAG